ACGGCUAGGCGAGGCAGUGUGUCGCACAUUACAGGUGUUAUGAAACCACAACUGGCACAUAGCAGAGAUCCAGAAAUGAAAAGUAGCCUUCAGGAGCUAUUGAUCUACAUGAUUUUCCUUACAGAUCUUGGUAUAUUGACAUUUGGAAUGGUGAGCACAGAUAUGUUUUACCUAAACAAAGUCAUGUCAUCUCUCUUUCUGGACACCUCUAUGUCAGAAACUGGGAAUACUAACUUCAAGUCCAUUGAAAGUGUUGAUGACUUUUGGAAGUAUGCAGAAGGACCUUUUCUGGAUGGCCUUUAUUGGGACGCGUCUGACAUCCGUAGUUCUAUAGCUGUUAAUGGAACCACCCGUCAUAUUUACUACGAGAACUUAUUGUUAGGAGUAACCCAAGUCCGGCAGCUAAAAGUCCGUAAUAAUACAUGUUCUGUCUAUCCCGCUUUCCGGGCAUUUAUGAAAGAGUGCUAUGGUCCAUACCACUAUCUGUCAGAGGAUAAAGAACACUUCGGCCUUAAGAAUGGACCUGAGUGGUGGUAUUUUACUUCUCAGUCACUAUCCCCGUGGCACCAGGGCCUUGUUGGUCUAUACAGUAGUGGAGGAUUUACCUUCACCUUGCCCAAGUCAAAGAAUGCGAGUAUAGACAAACUCACCUAUCUCAAGGAGAAAGGCUGGCUCACCAGAGGGACAAGGGUUGUCUUCAUUGACUUUUCAAUGUAUAACGCCAAUGUAAACCUCUUCUGUGUAGUAAGGCUGGUUCUGGAAUUUCCUGCAACAGGUGGAGUACUCCCUUCCUGGCAAAUCUACUCAGUAAAGCUUCUCAGAUAUACCACUUACUACGAUUAUUUCUUGGCCUUUUGUGAAGUCAUCUUCUGCCUCUUUAUCUUCAGUUACAUCAUUCAAGAAAGUAUAAAAAUGAAAAUAUUAAAAGAGGAAUAUAUUAAAAAUGCUUGGAACUGGCUGGAAAUACUAUUGCUUUUGUUAUCUCUUCUUGCCAUUGUCUUCAAUAUUUACCACACUGUGGAAGUGAGCAGUUUGCUGGAAUAUCUGCUGUCCAAUUCCUUCACCUAUCCAGAUUUUUAUUUGCUUGCAUUAUGGCAGACACGUUGCAAUAAUAUGAUUUCAGUGAACUUCUGCUUCACAUGCAUAAAGAUAUUUAAAUAUGUUCGCUUUAACAAGACUAUGACUCAGCUGUCUUCUACUUUAUCCCGCUGUGCUAAAGAUAUCAUAGGAUUUGCAGUUAUGUUCAUCAUCAUCUUCUUUGCAUAUGCACAGUUGGGUUAUGUGGCAUUCGGGUCACAAACGGAUGAGUUUUCCACGUUCCAGAAUUCCAUUUUUACCCAGUUUCGCAUUAUGCUUGGAGAUUUUAACUUUGCCAGUAUAGAACAAGCAAACGGGAUCCUUGGACCCAUUUACUUCAUAACGUUUGUGUUCUUUAUGUUCUUUGUAUUCCUGAACAUGUUCUUGGCAAUCAUCAAUGACACAUACUCUAAAGUGAAAGCUGAGUUUUCAGUUAUGCCUAGCAGAGAAUUUGAGAUCAGUAACCGUAUUAGAGAGGGUUACCGUAAAGCUCUAGCAAAGCGGAAACUGAAACGGAAGAGCACCUCCCAGAAUGCGAUACUGUAUGCCGUAAGGCAAGAUAGAAGGGACAAAGAAUAAAUGUUUCAUUUCAGAAGUGCUGGAAGCUGGCAUCCCUUCAGAUACUUAAAGAAUACUGUGGAAGGAUGGCUUACUAGUGACGCGUUAAGACUAUUCUACAUAACAGAAAAAACAAGUCUUUUAGUUGUGUACCUAAAAACUUCUGAGGGUAUUUUGUUUUCAAGUUACUGUUUGAAAGGAGUGAAAAGAGUGAAAUAUAGAUGCUCCAGUCCAGAAAAGGCAAUAUGCCUGUGAAAGCAGGCUUCCCUACGAGUGUUAGAAAUAAGCGUAACUUGGAAACACAUCCAGAUGAGGAUGAUCCAAAUGACGAUGCUAUCUCCCAAGCAUGCAAAUGUACAUCCUAUUUAAAGUAAUUCAGUUUAUACAGACUGCAUUUGAAAUUGCAUUGUUAACCCUUUAUGUUCUUGCUACACGGAUUUCUACACAUGGAUUACCUUCUCUGGAAAUGAGAGGUAAUUUCUAGAGUGAAAUCUGAUGUUUAAUCUUAUUCCAUUUAAAAUCUCCGGUAUUGUUUUGAAAACUCAGCAAGUGUAUAAGGCAAUAAACAAUUUAUAGCAUUAAAUUAGACUAGCCUCCUAUUGACUCCCCACUGCCCCUUGAAAAAA